AUGGAUCCAGUCGCCGUCAGGGCCUUGCUUGUUGCAAGCUUGGACCCCGAUGCCGACAACAGGCGUCGCGCUGAGCUCCAGCUGAAGCAGAUUGAGGACCAGACGGGCUUCCUCGACUGCCUCUUCGGCAUCCUCGAGUCGGAGCAGGAGGCGAGCAUCCGUCUUUCAACCGUCAUCUAUAUCAAGAACCGGGUCAACCGAGCCUGGUACGCUCCCGACCACAAACUCCCCGACAAUGUGGUUCCGAUAAACGAAGAAGAAAAGUCCCGCGUGCGCGAUCGCGUCGUGCCCCUCCUGGCCUCGUCCGAGCCCCUCGUCCGCCAGCAGCUCAUCCCCGUCCUGCAACGAAUCCUACAGUUCGACUUCCCCAGCCGGUGGCCUCGCUUCAUGGACUUCACCAUGGAGCUCCUCAACACGAACACCCCCAGCUCCGUCCUCGCCGGUGUGCAGUGCCUGCUGGCCAUCUGCCGCGCAUUCCGCUACAAGUCGGUCCAGAGCCAGGACAGGCAGCACUUCGGCAAGAUCAUCGAGGCCAGCUUCCCCCGGCUGCUGGCCAUCUGCAACGAGCUGGUGACCCAGGAGAGCGACGAGGCGGGCCAGAUGCUGCACCUUGCCCUUAAGACCUACAAGCAUGCCACAUACCUGGAACUGACCCCCCAUCUCCGCCAGGAGCAGGUCAACAUCGGCUGGUGUACCGUCCUGCUCCAAACAGUCUCCAAAACGCCCCCAGCCAGCGCCAUGACAGGUGAUAGUGUCGACCGCGAGAGGAACCACUGGUGGAAGGCCAAGAAGUGGGCAUACUACAACCUGAACCGUCUCUUCAUAAGGCAAGGAAACCCAACAACGCCGGGAGACGGCGACGUCGGCGCCCGAUUCGCGAAGAACUUUGUUGCCAACAUCGCACCCGAGAUCCUGAAGCACUACCUGCAGGAGAUUGAGAAGUGGGUUUCCAAGACGUCAUGGCUGAGCCGACCCUGCCUUACAUAUACUCUGGUCUUCCUGGAUGAGUCAGUCCGACCAAAGGAGAUGUGGACGCACCUGAAACCCCAUCUCACCAACCUCGUCACCCACUUCGUCUUCCCCAUUCUGUGUCUUACCGAUGAAGACCUCGAGCAGUUCGACGAUGAGCCCGAGGAGUACCUCCACCGCAAGCUCAACUACUUCGAAGACGGUUCCUCUCCCGAUAUCGCUGGCGUCAACUUCCUGGUCAACCUGACAAAGCACCGGCGCUUUGAGACCUUCUCGAUCCUCAAGUUCGUCAAUGACAUUGUCAACGAGUAUGAGCAGAACCCAGAUGACAAGAAGAACCACGUGGCCAAGGAGGGCGCCCUGAGGAUGAUCGGUACGCUCGCUCCCGUCAUCCUCGGGAAGAAGAGCCCCAUCGCGGGCCAGGUGGAAUACUUUAUUGUCCGCUACGUCAUCCCCGAGUUCAAGAGCAGCCAAGGAUAUCUCCGAGCCCGAGCUUGCGAUACGGUCGAGAAGUUCGAGCAGCUUGAUUUCCAGGACCAGAACAACCUGAUGACCAUCUACCGCCACAUCCUGGACUGCAUGGCAGACGAGUCCCUGCCCGUACGGAUCACGGCCGCCCUCGCCCUCCAGCCGCUGAUCCGCCACGACGCGGUCCGCAACACCAUGCAGACGAGCAUCCCCACCAUCAUGCAGCAGCUCCUCAAGCUGGCCAACGAAGCCGACGUCGACGCCCUCGCCAACGUGAUGGAGGAUUUCGUCGAGGUCUUCUCGACCGAGCUGACGCCCUACGCUGUUGCUCUCUCUGAACAGCUCCGCGACACGUACCUGCGCAUCGUCAACGAGGUUCUCGAGAAGGAGAAGGGCAAUGACGACGGCGAGGCAUUCAGCGAGUACGAUGACAAGAGCAUCACCGCCCUUGGUGUGUUGCAGACCAUUGGUACUCUGAUUCUGACCUUGGAGAGCACUCCGGACGUGCUGCUCCACAUUGAGCAGGUUCUCAUGCCCGUCAUCAAGAUUACCUUGGAAAACAAGCUAUACGAUCUGUACAACGAGGUGUUUGAGAUCAUCGACAGCUGCACAUUUGCGGCCAAGAGAAUCUCGCCCAACAUGUGGCAGGCCUUCGAGUUGAUUCACAGCACCUUUAAGGCAGGUGCUGAGUACUACCUCGAAGACAUGCUCCCGGCCCUCGACAACAUCGUCCAGUACGGUGCGCCCCAGCUGGUGCAGAAGCCCGAAUAUGUCCAGGCCCUGUAUUCCAUGAUCACCGACAUGUUCACCACCCAAGCCCAGGGUCUGGAGAGAGUCAGCGCCUGCAAGCUUGCCGAAGCCAUGAUGCUCUGCCUCCGGGGCCACAUUGACAACUGCAUCGAGGGCUUCAUCGUUGUGGCCAUGAGCAUUCUGGCCGCAGAGGACGAGGUCAAGGUGCUGAGCAUCCGGAUCCACCUCAUGGAGAUGGUGAUCAACGCCAUCAACUACAACCCCCUCCUGGCGCUGCAGAUUCUAGAGAACAAGGGCUGGACCAACCGCUUCUUCACCCUGUGGUUCGGGAACAUGUCCUACUUCACCCGAGUCCACGACAAGAAGCUCUCCAUCAUCGCCAUCACCGCCCUGCUGAACCUCAACCACGACCAGGUGCCGGCUAGCAUCUCUGUGGGGUGGCCAAAGCUGCUGGAGGGCAUUACAGAGCUAUUCAGAUCCCUACCCGGUGCUAUGAAGAAGCGCGACGAGGCCCUCCAGGACGACUUCCACUUGGACUCAUACGACUAUGCUGAUGAUGAGGAGUGGCCCGAGGACGGCUCUAACUGGGUCGGAGAAGAGCCUGCCGAGCAGGAGACGUCUGCCGAUGUCACAGAUGAGGGUGCUGCUUACCUGAAGCUGCUGCACGACGAGGCACAGAAGUUUAGCAGCGUUAUGCCAUCGGAUGAUAUGGACCUGGGCGAGGACAACUUCCUCGACUCCCCAUUGGACAAAGUCGAGCCAUACGGUCUGCUGAAGGCCACCAUGAUGAGAAUGCAACAAGAGCAGCCAGAAUUCUACAGCUCGCUGACGAGCUCCCUCUCCGCCGAGAACCAGAGCGUCAUCCAGAGCGUCAUGGUGCGAGCAGACGAGAUCGCGAUGGAGCAGCUGCAGCUGGAACAGCAGGCGCAGGCCAAGCUCCUCGCUGAGCAGCAGGGGGGCAACCCGGCCGCCAGCUAA